GAAAUUCCGUGUCGAUGAGCUGCCUGCGUCAAUCAAAUGUGAACUCGGCUGCCCUAAUGACUGCGGGUUGACGGCAGUGUGCGUGGCGAGGGAAGGCGGUUCCCAGUGCGUGUGCCCCGACUCUCAGAUCUACAGCGCCGCCGACAAGCAGUGCCACGCCACAUGUAGCCCGCCAUGCCGUCAGGGGGCCACCUGCCAGGUGGAGAAUGGGGUUGCCAUGUGCAAGUGUGGCGCCGGGUACACCAUGAUGGGCAAUGGCCAGUGCAAGGCCAUUUGCCAGCCUGCAUGCGCCACCAAAUCUGAGUGUGUGGUGGUGGGAGGCAAUUCUGUGUGCCAAUGCAAGCAGGGAUACGUGUUGAAGGGGACGAGGUGCAUGCCCCAAGCAGGGGUUGGCCAGGCGAGGGAGUGGCUGAAUCACCAAAUCCG